AUGAAUGCACCAACAUUGAGCUCAAGUAGCGGAAAUGGGAGUGUUAUACAACUUGGAGGCUUCAACACAUACGUCUCUGGCUGUUCGGCUUCCUUAUUCGCCAUCGUCCUCGUCUCCGACAUUUUUGGUUAUGAAGCACCAAAUCUGAGGAAUCUUGCUGACAAAGUUGCCGCUAAAGGAUACUAUGUCGUAGUUCCUGAUUUUCUUUAUGGCGAUCCGUAUAAUCCUGAAAAUACGGAGAAGCCUUUACCGGAUAAAGGAUUUGAAGAUGCAAAACAGGUUGUUGCAGCUCUAAAAGAUAAAGGUGUAUCUGCAAUUGGAGCUGUAGGGUUUUGCUGGGGUGGAAAGGUAGUUACUGACCUAGCUAAAUCUGAUGACAUUCAAGCUGCAGCACUAUUGCACCCAGCAUUUGUCAAAGUUGAUGAUAUUAAAGACGUUAAGGAACCAGUAGCUAUUUUAGCUGCUGAGAAUGAUAGCAUCUCUCCUCCGGAGCUUAUUAAGCAGUUUGAGGAGAUUUUAUCAUCAAAACCUGAGGUGGAUAGCUUUGUCAAAAUCUUUCCUAGUGAUGAGCAUGGAUGGACAUUGAGAUACAAUGUGGAAGACAAAGAGGCUGUGCGGAGUGCUGAAAAAGCCCACCGGGACAUGUUACAUUGGCUUACCAAGUAUGUCAUGUGAGUGCAAAGAUGGAUACCUGGCAGUUGCAAUUUCCAGCUAAGAAUUCGAAAAGUCUGUCUCGAGAAAAAAUGGUGUACUUAGCUAAAUAUUGAUAAACCCCGUAUUAUCAAGUUAUUGAAUAAUUUGAAUAAAUCCUUAAAUUCAAAACUCCCUGUUUUCCAAUAAAAACCUUGUACUGUACCACUUGUUUGAUGAGAAAUUAUCUUGCUAUGUUCAUCUGAAGUGUAAUGCUGCUGCAUGCUCAUAUUCUUUAUGUCUGAGAAUGAUAUGAACUAUUUAGCAGCUACCUUACUUGAUGUGUUUUAUGUUAUUAUG